AGCAGUGCUAAACAAAAAGGCUUGCAUCAAAGUAACCAUAGGUAUUCGCUGCUUGACAUCUUGAACACGAGCACCCAAACUCAACGAAAAAAAAAGUUUCAAAGAGCUCAAGAUCCUAUUCAAGAACCAUCAUGGAAACACAAAAAUCCGACCAUCCAGUUGACCUGGGAGCUGGUGAUGGAGUCCUGCCCUCUAAAACUGUCGAUAUUGAUUUAGAAAUCUCAUCGCUUCCAAAUCAAUCCGGCGAAUCCUCCACCGAUCAAGAUUCAAGCUCACAAGUCGCUUCCCCACUUGUUGCAAGUGACUCGGGUUUCGCCGAAGAACCCGUCGCAUUGCCACCAAUCUUUCUUCACCUCUGCGGGCAAUGUCCAUCGCUUCCAAGUUUCCAAUCCGACUGCCUGAAGGUACUAACAUGGUUACGUACCUUGGCAGUGCCCUUCCAACUCUUCAACCACAAAUUAAACCUCGACGGACGUUUCCCCACCGUAGAAAUCGGCAACGACGAGCUCACCAACACCGAUCACAUCCUGAGUGAUUUGUCUCGCCACCUCGAUCGAGCCCUUGACGCCCCACUUACCGUUGAACAGCAGAUCCUCGCCUUUAGUUUGGGAUCGCUGGUUGAGCACACCCUGGCCCGAGAGCAUCGCGAAUGGUUCCGCUCCAACCGAGGCGAAUUGCUCCGAGCGUACUCGAUCGAUUUGAAAAAGUCAUGGAAAAAGAUGCUCCCCACCUCAGUUCUUCACUUCCUGUUCAAGCGCUCUUCUUACAAGUCUUCGACCCACGCGAACCCGGCUGAUAUAGCGACCGUCAUCACCAUGCUCUCGAAGCUCCUUGGAACGCAGAGUUUCUUUUUCGGCGAAGACACCGUCUGCAGUCUGGAUGUGAUAGCCUUUGCCAUUCUGGCACCGAUUUUGGCCAUUUCGGAACUGGUACCGUACUCGGCCCGGGAUAAGAUCAAGCUGGAAUGCGAAAAUUUGGUGUGGUUUGUCGAGCGGAUGAAGCAACGGGUCUUUCCGGACUGGGACCAGUUGUGCGAUGCCCAAAAGAAAGACGCGGAUCAAACUGCGGAAAUGUUAACUGAUAUAAAUUUGAUCGACGAAAACGAGGUGCCCGCAAAAAUAGAGGAACAGUCCAUACUGGAAACCGCAGUUUAGUUACAUACCGAACGUUUUUAGUGAACUAACAAUUUCAUAUUUAUUAUUAGUAUAAAUGUUAAUAUAAUUAUUUCUCUGCUUA